AUGAGGAUCCACAACCUCACCCUCCUCUCCUUCCUCCUUCUGGCCGCUCAGGCGCUCCUGGUGGAGGGCAAGAAAAGGGGAAAGAAUGGACAUCACAGCAAAGUGGCCUCAGAGCAGAAGGACACUCUGGGAAGCGCCCCAAGUAAGCAGAGAAACAGGACCAAAGGCAAGUUUGUCACCAAAGACCAAGCCAACUGCAGGUGGGCUGUGACUGAGCAGGAGGAGGGCAUCUCUCUCAAGGUCGAGUGCACACGAACGGACCGCAACUUUUCCUGUGUCUUUGCUGGCAAUCCAGCCCAGUGCCUAAAGCUCAAGGAAGAGAAGGUUUACUGGAAACAGAUUGCCCGGAAUCUGCGCUCACAGAAGGACAUCUGUGGAUAUUCCAAAUCUGCCCUGAAGACUCGGGUGUGCAGAAAGGAUUUUCCAGAAUCCAAUCUCAAGCUGGUGAGCUCCACUCUGUUUGAAAACAAGAAGCCCAGGAAGGAGAAAGCAGAGCUUUCCCCCAGGGAGCAUACCAAGGUCAAAGAGAUCCCUUCCUUUAGUCCAGCGGUGACCCAGACCGUGACCACCAAAGCUCCUGAGUGUGUGGAGGACCCCGAUGUGGCAAGGCAGAAGGAGACUGCCCUGGAGUUCUGUGGGGAGUCCUGGAGUUCCAUCUGCACCUUCUUUCUCAACAUGAUACAGGACACCUCCUGCUAG